UGCAGGAUGACAUCUCCAAGGCGGAAAACACUGUCAAGGUCAUCAGCGAGGAGAACAAGGUCAAGAAUGUCCAACAGAACGGCGCAGUCUGCCAAAUCUGUCACAAAACUAAGUUUGCUGAUGGGGUGGGCCACUCCUGCAACUACUGCAAUCUUAAGUCAUGUGCCAGGUGCGGUGGGCGUGUCACGUUAAGAUCCAAUAAGCCGUCACCCGAUAAAUCAGCAGGGAGAUCAGAGGUGUUAUGGGUGUGCAAGCUUUGCCGUAAGAAGCAGGAAUACCUGACCAAGACAGGACAAUGGUAUCACGGUGGGACAAAAACGCCCCCUUCUACUCCAGGAGACAAACUCAAGAAAUUGGCCAUGUCAACAGAAUCCCUCUCUGCAGUCUUAUCAUCGGCACCAAGCACUCCUGGGGCAGGAGGUCCUCCAAGCACUCCAUCUUCAUCGACUACGGCAAGAGCCGGAACAAGGACGACAACGACAAGCCCAGCAACAACGACAACGGUGACAACGACGAGCAAGACAGUAUCACCAGCAUCAUCAACAUCAUCGAGUCUGAACCUUAGGGACAGAGAAAGACUGAGUGAUAGCAAAGCGCCUUCCUUACGUGGACAACUGGGUAAAGAUGGGACACCUCCUAGUGGAGGCCAGUCCAAGGGUUUGACGAGAGGUGGUAGCCAACAUGCGCCUUUAACACGCCAGCUUUCAAAGGAUGAUGACUCUGGACCAGGCACUACUAGACCGGUGCAUAGACCACACGGUAGAGACAGUCUGAGACAUGUGGAUGAUAGGGAUAUACGAGGGAAUAGAGGGGCAAGGCGUGAGCCUCUCUAUGGCUCUAGUGGGGACUUGAACCACAGGGAUCAAGAUAGACAUAGGGAUAGGUACCCUCGCAGGGACCGACCAGGCGACCGUGACCGGUCGAUUAGUGGUGAUAGAUAUGGACCCAGGCAGGCUGGGGAUCGUGCCAACUAUGCAGGAAGGGGAAAGCUUCCAGGGCCCGAACAAGAGCCCGACAGUCGCAAGUACCCUGAACCAGAUCAAUACAGAGAUCGUCGGGAACGUUACCCCGAGAAUGACAGGUACCCUCCCAGAUACCAUGAAGGCGAUAGGCCAGGAAGGGGCUUUCCUCCUGAAGAACGAUUCUACUCUGAUGAUCCAGAGAGGGAUAGGCAUAAUUACCACAAGGAGCCUGUGUCCAGGACAGCAAGUGGACGUUCCCUGGACCGACAAAGACGGAUGUACGACGAUCCUCCGCAGGAUUUCCUGCCGGAUGGAUACCCUGACUCUUCUAGUGUUGUAGGUAAACGAGAUUCACUCAAUAGAAUAGAAGGAAUGGAACCCCCUUCAGGACCUAGUGAGAUUGAGCCUCAUAUAGAGAGGAGACCUCGUGAGCGAGAUAGGAGAGACCACAUAACUCAUACAGUGCCAUCAAAUGUUCGCGAGAAAGAGCGUAUCCCAAGUGACUUUGGGCCACCACCUGUGCAAUAUGGAAUGCAACGAUCCUCUAACUACGGCAGCUCGGCCGGGAAGCGGGGAAACCACGGUCAUAGACACGCAAACGCGGGGGAGGACAUUCCCGACGCACUAUCGCAGGAUUUAUAUGGAGUACGGACUGAUGUGACGCCGAAGCAACAUCUAGACCCCAGUUCCGCGGCGGGGAAAGCGAGCGCAAAAGAUUCGCGCAAGACGGACUCCAUGAUACGCAAUGACUCUCUGAGUUCUGACCAAAGCGAGUGUGUACGCCCGCCGCCGCCUAAGCCGCACAAAGGAAAGGGGAUGAGGAAGAGACGUGAUUACUCAUUGAGCAGUUCCGAGGAGGAAAUAAGAUCAACGCCAGACUAUACCAGCUGUGACGAGGGAGAAAUAGAAAGUGGCAGCAUCAGUGAAAGAGGGUCAGGGGAGUUAGACAUCACAUCGAGUCCCGCCACAGCAGGAUCCAAUAACCAUCCAGGGAUCCCACCGGGUCAUGGGGCAAAGUCGUCCCCCACGGGGGCAGUCGCGCCCCCUUCCUCCUCCCAUCACAUCCGACACCACUCUGAGUCGGAGAUAAACCUAGUGUCGUCCCCUAAGAAAAUUGUGCACUUUGGGCGUGGUGAGGCGGGGCACUCCCUGGAGGAGGAUGACAGACAGAUCAAAGAUUCAGGCAUCGACACGUGCAGCAGCACCACGCUUAACGAGGAGCAUAACCUAGGUGCCAAGGCUAUGAAAGCAAAUGGACUUGAUGUGCUCCGCCAAUCGUUACUUGAUGAAGAAAGCUUGUACCCUGUGAAUUGGCAACCUGACAUGGAUAACAACGUCCUCAUUGGUCAGAUGGUUCUAAGAAAGAACCAAUCAGAAGCUUGUACACAUCAAGACUCCAGUGCCAUUCUAGGGUUAAAGGUCAUUGGUGGGAAGAUGAAGGAGGCGGGGCGACUGGGGGCGUUUAUCUCCAAGGUUAAACGAGGUAGCAUAGCUGACACCGUGGGUCAUCUAAGGGCAGGUGAUGAAGUUCUCUCAUGGAACGGUCACAAUCUUCAAGGCAAGGAUCUUAACGAGGUCUACAACAUCAUCUUUGAAUCUAAGAGCGAACCUCAGGUUGAGCUUGUGGUUGCAAGACCAAUGGGAAGUGAGAUACCUCCUUCUUCCAGGGACAAAAUAGCGCAGUUCCAGUCGCCGAGACCAGACUCUAUCAUGAAGAGAAGCAGUCAAAGUUCGAGUGGGUAUGAAUCCAACAAACCGAAGGAAGAGGAGGAGCCUAUGCCGAUCGUUAGUAGGGUAAAGCGGCCCUCAGUGACCAUCACUAGCCCAGGAAGCCCUGGUCUGCCGAGAAGAAACACAUCCCCUACUGCCUUGGGUGAAAUUCAGAUCAAACUUUGGUACGAAAGCAAUAAUUACCUGAUCAACAUGACAGUCUUGACAAUGCAUGGGGCUCAGCCAAGAGACACAGGGGAUCUACGCAAUCCCUAUGUUAAGGUCUUCCUACUACCAGAUAGAACUGAGGAGACGAGGCGACGGACCAAGACCAUUCAGAACACACUCAGCCCCAAGUGGAACCAAACCUUCACCUUUGGCCCCAUCAAGAGGGCAGAUUUCAGGGGUCGUGACCUGGAUGUCACCGUCUGGGAUUUUGAACAAUACGGUGCUAAAGAAUUCCUGGGACAAAUGAUGCUUCCCCUAGAGGGAGCCCCAUUUGACGGCCAGUCCCACUGGUACUCCCUCUACCCUCACGGCAGCUCACGUCACCAGCCGUCCUCACCGCCCCAACAACCUCCUCCGCCACCUCAACCCAAGAAACAACUCCCGCUCACCACGAACAACAACGGCAACCCUAGGAUGCACGACAUGAUCGACAAGCGCGAGAUGAUCGGCAAGCACGAGAUGAUCGGCAAGCACGAUAUGAUCGGCAAGCACGAUAUGAUCGGCAAGCGCAUGGCUCAGGAGAACGGUAACAUGCGAGAGAAGCUCUCGCCGAGCUCGGUUGGUCGUAUCACCGAUAGCGAUGUCUCAGACUUUGAUGAUGGAUUGACAGGGCUAUCAGGGGGCACUACCACUGGGGCGGGGGACGUAGCCAGUAUCUCGUCCUUUGGCAGUAGCUGUAGCCCGCCCCCGGUCAGCGACCAGGACGACAGACCGUCUAGUCAAGAUACUGACUUCCCACGUAGUCAAGCCCCGCACAGGCGUGCUGGCAUAGUGACACCUCCAACUCAAGAGGACCUGACACCAAACGAAGAACCAAUGCCCAACAAACAAAGGCGCAACUCGCAGAGCACACUGGCCGUUCCCGAAAGGGCGUCUCGCAGGCCUCGUUCCCCAUCCCCCAUCAGAAAAGAGAGAGGCAGGACCAGGCAUUCUGAACCAGCAAUAGAAUAUGACAGACAGGAUGGGGCACAGGACUUGCAGCAGGACCCGGAUCGGGAACAGGACCGUGAUCGUAAUCGAGACCGAGAUCGUGACCGUGAUCGUGACCGUGAUCGACCACUUGAUAGAGACCGAGACAGGGAUAGAAACCACACAAGAGACAGAGGACGAGAAAGAGAGCGUGAUCGUGACCGACAUCGUGAUCCAGAUCGUGAUCUUGACCAUGACCUCGAUCGUGACCGAGACCGUGAUAUGUACUCAUACAGGGGAACUGAGGUUGAUAAUAUAAGGACUUCCCCUAAUUCUAUAUCUUCCCGAGGUAACGAUCAGCGCGAGUCCCCUCAUCGCUUAGACAGGAGCUCACCCAGGAGCUCACCCCCACGCCGGGGGGAGCGCGAGCACCGCUCAAGAACACUCUCCCCUCCUAAUGUGUACGAAUAUUCUGAACCCCGGAGAUCACGGUCGCCAAGCCGCCGGUCGGUCGAAGGCUCGCAGUCGGACUCGAACCAGCGACGUAGCAGGUCCGAGGUCCGAGGGGAGAUGGAGUACGACAGACAGUAUAGAGGGCGCAACAUGCUUCCUCCACCUACGUCGGGUUUAGAUUCCUCAAGCUUACCAAACUCUCCAAUCCAUGGGGGACGUAACAGCCCCUCUUCCACCCCUUCUACGCCACGCAAGCAACAGCGAAGGCUACCCCAGAUACCCCCUUCAUCAAAAGCUGAUAAAGGCACUGCUGACAUCGAAGAGCGAGCUAGGCAGAUCAAGCUGAAGAUGACCCAAUACAAGCAAGCUGCCUCCGCCAACACCCUCUCCCCUCACGGAGGAAGUGGGGGUAUUGGUGGUAGCGGCGGCGGUGGUGGAAGCCUAGAGAGGGGGUCUCACAUGGGGUCACCGGGCCACGACAUGACCAACCCUUUCCAGCAUUCCUCACACCGACGUAAGCAGAGCCCAGACAACAUUAGCAUCAAGUCCUCAGACAGCAACUUGUCGAGUACCAGCGACGUUUCGGCCGUAACAGCUGCGAGUACGGCGAGUGCCUUCUCAACGCAAUCGGAGCGCCCCCGGCCCACCAGAAAGUUCAGUGCCUUCACAGCCAAGAUGCAGGAACACCAUCCCGCCCCCACGCGCAAGCCCCUUAACCGCAGCACCAGCAGCACAGACAUGUACAUGUACGAGAAGAACGAGGGCAGUAUCUCCGACUCUGCGGCCGAGCAGGGAAGCGUGGAGGGCAAGAAGAGACGUGGUUCCAUCGCCAAGGUUGCCUCUCUAGUCGGUCUCUCAAAGAAGAGUAACAGCACCUCAAAUUUGGCAGGUAAGAAACCUCGGGCAAGCAUACAACGAAGCGAGGAAGUGUUGCCAAUGGAAAUGAGAGAUCGAUUGCAGAAGCAGGCUAGUCGAGAGAGCAACGACGGCAGCAUCUGUAGCUUUGGCAGUGAUAGCUCUAGUAGCUUUAUGCUCCCAGCCAACUUCCGCUUCGGUGGGGAGAGCCAGUUCAACGACUUCCUGGACGGACUGGGGCCCUCUCAGUUGGUGGGACGCCAAGCACUAGGGUCUCCCUGGAUGGGGGACAUUCAACUUAGUCUGGAGGACAAGCGGGGUAACCUGGAGGUGGAAGUCAUCAGGGCAAGGAGUCUGGUUGCCAAGCCAGGGGUCAAAGUUCCCCCAGCUCCCUAUGUAAAGGUGUAUCUGAUGGACGGAAAGCACUGCGUGGCCAAGCUGAAGACAAAGAUUGCCCGUAAGACGCUGGAUCCGCUUUACCAGCAGACACUCAAGUUCAUAGAGGACGACCACAGCAACAAGGUACUGCAGAUCACCGUCUGGGGCGACUACGGCCGUCUGGAGCGCAAGAUAUUCAUGGGGGUCGCGCAAAUCCUGCUUUCUGAGCUCGAUCUCUCACACCCUGUCAUGGGGUGGUACAAACUGUUCAACACAUCGUCCGUAGCGGACAUUCACCAGCGGGGCUCCAUCUCAUCUCUUGAGGGGUCCAUGGUAUCCCUGGCCAGUACAAAAUGAGGAUCCCUGACCUGACAUAGCUUUUUAGUUGUCAUCUUAUCUUAUCUUAAUCUCUUUUGAGCUAGGAAGGGGUGACAGGAUGCUGCAUUUGUUGCGGAGGUUGCAGACAUUGAUCGAUUUGCUGCAGGUGCCUGAGGAUGGUUUCUAGAGAAGUCUGAGUUUGUCUGAAGAUAGUACACCACUGUGUGGAUCUUCAGGGCCAAGUUGUAGUGUAAAAGACCAUCUUGGAGUUUGUAACAACAUCUGUAACAAUGCCCUAACUCACCCUGUUUCAAAGCAAGGGUGUAAUUCUUUGGAUAUGGGCAUUGCUAAUUGUUGGGCAUUUAUCUUCCAUUUUUUCUCUCGCAACCAUGUGAGGUUGAGUAAAAGCCUCCUUAGGAUAACUAUCUUUAGUUGUUCUAUGGGACUCCUGGUUACUGUGAGGUUAUCAUAAAAUGCAAGAUAAGGUCUUGAUUGAGUUUGCUAGUCUGGAAUCAAAGAAAAAGAUGUGAAGAUCACUCUGAAGCCCGCAAAAUGUGGAGGUUCAAAGUUGAGGUUGUGGAUACCAAUGUAUGCCUAUUUUAUUUAGCACUGUUGCCACCCCUGGUGUCAUGCAGGCAUUCUGAAGCACAUUCCUAUAGCAAUGCUCUUUUAGUAAAUCCACUUACAGAGCCAGAAGACACAUUUUGCACUUUGAAAUGAAAAUUCUUUAAUGAAAAGCCUUUAAAAUCUGGAAACUGAAGUUUAAAAUCUGACUGAGCUACUGCCCCGAGUUGUGUAUCAAACAAAUAAGUUUAAAAAACGAUUUUACUUUCAGCCCAAAUAUGAGUAGAAGUGUCCAUGGUCAUAAUCAUGAAUGAGUUAUUACUUUUUCCAAUGCGAUCAGAAUACCUUUAUCUCAACUUUUACGUAAAAAUUAUGUCGCCCAAUGUAAAAUCAUGCUUGCGUUGUUAAAUAGAAAUGUAAUGCCCGAUGCACACAAGAUGUCAUUGCGAUAGCAUUGUAAAAGCAAUUAACCCAUACGCAAUCUGUGCACUGGUCACUUUCCAAUUGCUUUUUAUUUUGUAAGAUGUGGCACUCACAUAGGAUAUUGAAGACAACGACAGCCACAGUAUCAGAAAAAAGACACAUGUUGUGUAACAGGUCUUCAAGAUACUGUCCUAAACUUUGACAACAAUAACGUGAUUGCCAUUAUUACUUAGUGUGUGGGGGUAAUGUUUGCAUGACACUGAAUAGGCAAAUCAUUGAUAUGUAAGUUGCAGCCCUCUGGCUCUCCCUCCCACUAAAUCCAAUGAAGGGUCAUUCCACAAGGUGCUAAAUCCACAAUGAUCAUUUUGAAUGUAGAGGCGUUUCAACCCCAUUCUUUUCUAUGCACCUCAAACCAUUUGGAAUAUGCCUGCAUGCUUCGGCUUUACGGUUCAUCCUCCCUGCAGAUUGGCAACAAUUUUCUGUAGACGAGGGAGGCACCUCUGUCAUUUUUUCCUUUUAGCCCCGUCGCUGCUGAUAGUAGUAUCACCAUAUAUUUAAUUGAUCAUAUUUUGGGCUUGUGGUAUCGAAAGAAUUAUGUAUGUGAGAAGAAGACCAACUUACUUACCCAUUUUCAUGUUUGUAUGAAAUUAUACUGUAUUUUGAAUAAGCAACCCUUCUAUAUCUCGAAGACAAAUAUUGACAUGAUCAAAAUUCCAAGCCUUCUUUUCCUGAAUAAAAAGGGAAAGAAAACACUUGUGCCUACGAUGUGCUAAUAGGAGAAGAAAGGAAGCAGAUGAUACAGAAGACUAAUAGUAUGUUGGAAGUUUAUGUACGUCAAGGGGUGAAGAUGUUCUAAUCUCCAUUCUUUCAAAUGUUUAUUAAUUGCUAAGAGGAACUUCCAUACAAGUCUUAGAUGUUGACUUGCUUUUGCACAUGGUUGCAAAAUCAGUUUGUUUGUUGUUUUAUUAGCUGGUUUUGUUCCAGAGGAGUGAUUUGUUUAUUUCAGUAAUUUGGGCAAAAGUAAUAUUGUCAUAGAUUAAGUUGUAUCUUGUUAGUGGACAAAAGAGACAACUAUUUGUUUUCUCCAGAAAUAAACGGGAUUUUCUCAAAACUAACAGUUUCAAGUUGGAAUAGAAAGACACCAAUCAUAUUGUGUGAUAAAAGAACAGUAGCUUGUAACGUGGAUUGAUUGUUUUUUUUUAAUUAAUUUGUGCUAGACAUAUGUGCUAUAAUAUUACAUGUAUCAACAUCUUUAUAGGAUGUAAUAGUUGACAUUUUCGCUUGUAUUUUCUUGAUAAACACUAUUCAUAUAUUCCCUUCAAUAAUUGAUUGGAAAAAAUAGGAAAGAAGAAAAAAAAUAUUGAGAUAAUAUAUAUCUCGUUCACCUAAAUAGGGUAUUUUUCUAUUGUUGGUAUAUGCAAGUACUAUAAUCAUACACUACAUUUGUAGGAAUGUAAGUUCUGUUUUGAUUGGUCGGCUGGUAAGAUACUGAGUAUUUUCAACCAGUCACAGAAGCUGUUCAAUAGGAUGGGUGCUGGGAACCCUGGACAAACAGAACAUGGAGGCCUAGAGGUUAUAGAAAGAAAAAAAAA